AUGGCGGCCGGAGGGGCUCACGUUGCCAUAGGAAAACCUGCCUCCCUGUUACAGGAGUGGGAAUGGGAAAACGCGGCCAGGCAGGCGGCGGAAGGAGUGAAGACUGGAACAUGCUCCAUUUUAGAUGUUGUAGAAAUCUUGGGAACUCCUCUAAAGAAUGAAGAUUCUCAAGUGCGGGCACAGGGCAUUCAAGUGCUCUCUGAGGUCCUCUUACAGUGUUAUUCCCUCCUCCAAGAGCAGGAAGGUGGGACAAAAUAUAAUUCUCACAGUGAGCUAAAUUUCCUCACCAGGCACAAAACUGCCCUCAGUUUUUAUUCAGUGUUAUUCAGUGAUCAGGAGCAUAUGUGUAGGCAAAUAUAAUUCAAUGACUUGGUAGCCUUUGAUAUUCGCAUCCGUGUAUGACAAAACUAAACUGUAGGAUCACAAAUACGGUUCCACCACAAAACC